UCUGUGUCGUUCUUAUACGAUGGCAGCAUGGAAGAUGAAGUGUUGGGAGACGAAGAUGACCCUGCAGACAAGGCUAAGAAACAAGCAGCACUUAGCAAGGGAGAAAGAAGAGUCUGUGCCCGUGUUUUCAUCGGCUGCCUAAAAAAGACCAAAGCUCGAUGCAAUCUGGUUCCAGUUUGCAAAGUCAAGUACUUUGCCUGUCGAUGCGUCCUCAAAGGCGUGCGAAAAUGCAAAAAAUUCCUCCAUUUCGUUCGUGUAAUGGCCCAAAAACACAAAGGACACAAACAGGACGAGGUUGAAGAAGAUGACGACAAAGACACCAAGAAAAAAAGAAAACGUCCCGCCCUUUUGAAAGCUUGCAAGGCAGGUUACCGCAGAUGCAGCAAGGGCAAGACGUUCUGUGGCGGGUGCUUGAAAGCCUUCGGUGCUUGCGUCAGAGGGCCAAAGCCGACAACCGCCAUGAAAGCUGAUGAAUCAGAAGAGGACGAAGAGGUGAUCAUGGCUGACGCGGUGGAGAACGAUGAUGAGGACACUGAAGUUGAAGGUGAUAAAGAGGAUCCCACCGGACCGCACCCAAGCGGUAGGCCACGCCCAAGUAGAAGGCCACGCCCAAGUGGAAGGCCACGCCCAAGUAGAAGGCCACGCCCAAGUAGAAGGCCACGCCCAAGUAGAAGGCCACGCCCAAGUAGAAGGCCACGCCCAAGUAGAAGGCCCCGUCCAAGUAGAAGACCUCGCCCAAGUAGAAGGCCCCGCCCAAGUAGAAGGCCCCGCCCAAGUGGUAGACCACGCCCAACUGGAAAACCCCGCCCAAGUGGAAGGCCACAUCCAAAUAAGAAAAUGAUUCGCUGUGCAAGGCAUGGUGUUAAAUGCAUGCUGAGAGCUCGUCUGAACUGCAGAAGACAAGCCCGUUGUGUGCGCAUUCUGAUGAAGUGCGUGCGUAAUGCCCGACGUAGGCCACAACCAAGCCCAAGCCCUUCUGGACAAUAAACAAGGCCUUCUCAAAUUUACAUCAUAUAGGCUGAAGUAGGGCACAAUUAAGCUAAAAAAAUAUCAGAUGUAGAUCAUGAUAACUUGAAUUAAAAGCAUUCAAAAAAAGUA